UCGUCCCCCAAUAUAUAUAUAUAUAUAAAUCCAAUCCCUUUCUUCUUGGACCUGAAUCAUUUUAUCAGGUCUUUGUUUAAUUAUGGCUUUGGGAAAGAAUUGCCGGAGUAGUUCACUGAAAUGCAGCGUUUCGUCCGGAGGAGGAGGAGGAGAAGAAGGGUUUGUUCGAGCUUUGGGGAGGAAGAGGAUAGAAAUCCCGGAUGCGGAGGAUUCCUAUUCGGGCCCCAAGACUCCAUUGAAGAAGCAGAGGAGCCAGUGUUUCGCUUUUGAUUUCGGUUUCGAGGGUGAAAGUUCCAAACUUGAAGCUCUGCCUCGGGAGAUUCUGAUUAAGAUUCUCUGUGGAGUUGAUCAUAAGGAUCUUAAACAGCUUUUCAGUGUAUCCAAGGCGAUCAGAGAAGCGACUCUCAUUGCGAAACAGUUGCAUUUUGCUUACAGCACACCAACAAAGAUUCCAGCUUUUCGAACCAAGAUUGAUUUUUCGGAGUCAAAUGAUGAAUUGGAUGAGAUUGAAGCUCCGAAUGCUCCGAGGCUGCAUAGGGCGCUUCCGAGCCGGAAAAGGCUUGAAGAGAUAUCUGUUAACUUAUUGGAUUCAUUGGAGGAAGGAAUCAGAAGAGGGCUUUUCAUGGAUGAAGAUGAUGAGUGAGCAACCAUGGAAUUUGUAAAUAGAAAUGUCCUGCUUUGCUGCUUGAGUAGUGUGUACAUAUGGAGAAAUUGGUACCGAGCAGAUUCUUCAAAUUCAAUCAUUGAAGAUCAAAACUUGCUUGUUUAUCUAUUUCUGUACAUGUAUUAGAAAGAAAGAAAGAGAGAGAGAAACUUUACUGGUUGUUUAUUUAAGGGCUCUAAUCUUUGAGCCCUUCCACUGAGAAUAAUACGAAGGAUGUAGACUUGGUUGUGUAAUUUUUGAGUUUUAAUUUAUAAAAUUUCAAUAAUAUUGUUGUCUUCUGUUUUCA